AUGGACAUAUCAGUUUGCAAAGGUGGAAUGGGGCAGCUCGACUAUAUGAUUGUUGUUUUCACCAAUGGAGGUUCUAGCCAAAGAAGGGAUCGACACGGUUCUUUUGGUACUUUCCUUGAGAAAUUGGCUAAUAGAAGAAGAGAAAUCUACGCUUUCUGUGUGAAAACCAUUUUCGGAAGUGAUUUUAUUGACUACAUGAUCGUUAUUUUCACCAAUGAGGAUACUUUAGUUGAUAACAAUGAGACAAUGAAGGACUAUUUGGAGGGCUCCCCUCAUUUCAAGGAAAAUCUCACGGCGUGCGACAACCGCAUGGUGCUGUUUGAUGACAGGCCGAAAACCGGUCAGAAGAAGAAAGCUAAGAGAGUUCAGAAGCUUCUAAACCUUGUUGAAAAAGUUGUGAGGAAGAACAACAAAAAGCCAUUUAUGGAAACCAAGGCCACAGAAAAAGAUUAA